AUGACAGAGGUACCAGACGACGCCCCCGACGAAGACGCUUGGCUGAUGGCAGAAGACGGCCUCGGAGGUGUCGAAACAGCAGACGCAUAUCUUGCUUACCCUGAGGAGAACGACCCUUACUACGAUGAGGACUAUAGCGCUCACGGCGCUCACGCCGCAGCGGAUUUCGCGAACCGACGCUCCCCUUAUAUUUGUUUACACUGCCUCUCUUCAUUUAUAUCUAAUAACAAACUCCAUGCUCAUCUACUACUCUGCAAACCACAUCAUAUCGACGCUUCCAUUACCCAUGCAUUUUAUACCAUAGAUAGUUCCAGCGAGAAUACCCAUUUACCCACUAUAUCUUCUACACGUCCACGAACAGACCUACCACCAGGGGAAGGCUAUCGUUCAUGGAAAUUCGCCUCUACAAUCAUUGGCAUACAAAAUGCGAAUUCACAAAUCGUCGCGUGCCUAGAUACAGGCUGCAAAAUGACAAUCAUUGACGCCGCUCUCGCAAAAUCACUUGGCGUCCCUAUUCGCACCUGUAAGCCAGUAGCAGUUUCUGGUAUAGGCUCUAAGCAUAUCUCCGAAGGCUACAUCGAUUUGCAGCUAUUCCUCCGCGGAACCGACAACAUCGCCAAGUUAGACGUCGAGGCACACCUGGUGUCCGACCUUAAAGCUUUACUACUUAUCGGUAUGGAUGUUAUGGGCAAAGAGGGCUUCCGUCUCGACUUUGACGCUAAAACUGCGCGCAUUUCGAGCUGCAUGGGCAUAACAGUGCCAAUUCAUAUACAUGCUAAGCCAAACCAUCAUCAUGAGCGAGCCGUCUAUGCAAAUGAAAAAGUCGUCAUACCCCCCCACUCAUACGCCAAAAUUCCAGUAAGAUGCAACGAGCCGCUACCACCACGCGGCUUCAUUUUCGAAGGGCGGAACCCAGUAGUAUCCUUUUACACCCAUCUCGUUGACCAAUCUUUCCCUUUCGUCGAAGCAGUCAACGAAUCCCAGGAAUCUUACACCAUCAGCCGUCGCACCCGGAUAGGAACGCUAUUUGAGUCAGACGAAACAAUGGCAUGGCGCGUAAGCGCAGAUGUAGCCGAACUCGCCCGAUCCAUCCCUACUGGCGAACCAACAUAUGAACCAGCCAUUAGUCUUGCACGAACAGAGUCUGCGGACUACGCCAUA